AUGCCGUCUGUCAACUCAAAGCCCUUCCCAAUUCAAAAACUUCCGGAAUUGGCGUUCGAGGCAGCUGUUCGUCAGAUAAGUACCAGAGAGAGACUCGGUCUCGCCCUCACUUCGAAAAAGACCAUGAAUCUGCUGCUCGCUGUGAAAUUCCCAAAAGAUCAAGUUCAUUUGAUCCGUUUCGGAGAGACUUCUGAAGAAUUCUAUGCGACUGUUGAAGUGAAGAAUCCUCAUAAUAAGAAACAGAAAGAACCAUUCAAAUUUGUCUGUCGUGUCAGCAAAAAGAAGGGCGAAAAAGUGUUCACAAAGUAUGCCGUCGAUCAGUGCCUGAAAACUUCAAUUUUACAGGAACCGGGUGUGACGUCAUUGGUUCGUACAUCGAAAAAAACGCAAUGUGCCUACCAGAAAAUCGCAAAACUGUUCCCUGCACGCGACGUGACAAUUCGAUUCAUCAAUUUGAAAACAGAAGAUGUUCGUCAGAUUCUGAAUGCUCCAGAAUUCGAAAACUGGCAGGAAGUGGGCGCUUUCGGAAUAAAACCUCCAGCUAUCAAGUUGAUAAUGGACAAAGCGACAUCUGAGAGACGAUUCAGAUGUGAUAAUACAAUCAAACUUCCACCCAGUUUCCAUCAUCCGAAAGCGUUCGAUUUUCAAGUUGCUCAAUAUUCGAAUGCCAUGUGGGUAUCAUCCACCAAACAACUUCUCUCAAUUCGAGACGUCGAACUGAUCGGAUUGGGACAGACGAGUCUCCGCUGUCGAGAUGUUGGAAUUGUGCUCAAGAAGAUGCUCGAGACUGACUAUCAAAUGUGUACUCAUCUCGUGCUUCUUGUAGCAGGAGGAUUCGAUGAGGAAGCCGUUAUGGGCGAUACCGUCAGAUUCAAGUUUACGUGUGGGGAAAUUGGAAUGUUUUAUGUACGUACCAAGACCCAGACGACCACAAAAAUCGCCGAAAUCCGCGUCAUGGACCGUAAUACCAUCAAUAUCACAAUCUCUUCAGAUGAGACUGAAUACGAAGAAGCUCGCAGAGUUUUGACUAAUAUGAGCAACAGGAUUCGUAUCGACAAUGAGUUGGAGGGGGCGGAGCCUGGAGAGAAAAGACGUCUUCAGAUGGAGAGAGAGAUGGCGAAUAGAGAAGUUCAUGUUGCUUCGAGAGUACUCAUAGCCAGUUUGGGAUUUGAGUGA